AUGUAUCCAAGGGUAUCUAGAGGUAGUCCGCCCCCUCCGUAUAUCAAUCCGCCUUUGUAUGAUCGAGGACCUUCUGCUAACGAGGUAGAACUGACUGAUGCUGAUGCCUCUGGAGAGUCCGACAAUGAACUCAACUGGGAGGAAGAGUUCCGUCGACGUCGUGCUCCUUCGGUUGACUCAUUACCUCCACCAGAAACACUUCUUUCCAAUGACUACGUCCGAACUUCGAAUCAUCUUCCCAUGGUAAACCAAGCAGAAGCCCCCAUUCCAAACCAUUUGCAUGAGGCUUCAGAACAACAUCGACUGGGUGGAGAGAUUCCGGCUGGAUAUUUCGGAUUUUCAGAUUAUAAUGACUGUGGAGAUUCCGAAGUACAUAAUCUCAUUGGAAGUCCGCAGUCAAGGUCCUCCGAUCAUCCUCGUUCCUAUGCAAGAAUCACUAAUGUCAAUGAGUGCUCAUACGAGGCAGGUCACUGGCGUGAUGAAGUUAUUGCUUGGCAGACUCAAGGUUAUCAUUCCGAAAACUACGAUGGUAAUAGACAGUCCCGUGCUUUUGAUCCAUUAUCUGGCCGCCGCAUGAACGUUGAAGUCACUGAUCCUAUGGACUCACACGCUCUGAAUGUCAAAAGAAUUGUGAAUCAUCGCGCUGAGAACUUGCACACCAGUACCAUUAGCAGGAAUGGGAUUGUUGAUAUUGAUGGAGACGAGAGUGUUCUUCAACCACCGAAACCUAAACGAGGUCGCGGCCGGCCAAAGAAACCAAUAUCUAUUCAGGAAGAUGCAACAACUGUAUGUGUUACCACUCCAACGUCUCCUGCUUCCGCACCCCCAUGGCACUUCGAGUUGCUUCUGCAUCUAACCAAACCUGAUUCCGGGAAGCCAAGGAAGGGUGCCAUAAAGACUCAGAAGGAACUGGAAAAGCGUGGACCUGUCAAUGUCAUUGUGCCCACCUCAUUCGCUGGUCUGUUUACUAAUACAUUUGAAUGGCACUUUCUCAAACCCUCUACUGGGCCAUGGCUCCCCAUUACAACGGAAGCUGGUUUUCAGUCUAUGCUGGGACAAGCGAAGCAGCAGACAGUGAAGAAUUUGGUUCUGUACAUAAUUGUUCGUAUGCGGAAGCCUGUUCAAGGACUGGUUGUUGACGAAAUCGAAGAUUCAGAUGAAGAUUCAGAUGAUCAUAUCGGUCCCAUUCAGAAAAAGGGUAAAAUCGACGAUGAACUUGAUGUAAUUGUUCAAAAGCUUCUCAAUCAUUACCCUCCUGGUCGUUGCAACCAACAUCAAGAUCUUUCGUGCUUUUACCACCGUCCUCUCAAUCUUCAUUUUGAACUCACUCGUGGCCGCUGUCUGGUAUGGGCUUGUGAUAUAGUCACUCAUUGUGAGCCUAACCAGCGUGACAACAAGCCGGGGGUGGACUACAACCAGAUUCCCUUGGCAUCUCCGCUCUUUCAUGCCAAACAUGCCUUGAAAGCUCAACCGACAAAAUCAUCUGAGGUUCCUGCUGCGUCAACAGCUCUGAUGGCUCCUUUGACUCCUAUGCAUCCUGGAGGCUUCCCGGUCAUGCACAACGGUGGAUAUAGUCCAUAUGGUCAGUACCCGAUGAUGUCCCCAAUGCAGCCUAUGCAGCCAAUGUACCCUUUUGGUGCUGGUGGCUAUCCGUUAAUGCACCCGAGUUGGCCGACUCCCAUUCCAGCUGCUAGUGGAUCAGGCAGAUCGAUUCGCUUCUCUCCUCCUCAUUCCUCCCCACCACCUGGGGAAGGUUGCACUCUUCACCAGUUUUGCACAGAAUACAGAUUGAACGAAGAGAUUGAAGCAGGGCUCGGCCGUUUGGGCUAUGAACCUGGUGCAUCAUUAUUGGGAUUGUCCUCAGAUGAAUGGCGAGAAGCAGGGAUCAAGCCUGUUCAACGUGAUCUAAUCCUCAAGGCACACAAAAAAUACCAAAGUGGUCGAAAGGAAUAA